ACAAUCUACCUUAACACAUAUGAACACUCUGUUUCCCGUGCCAAUCCACAAAAGUGUGAGGUGCAUAACAGAAUGAAGAAACCAUUGGCACCGUGCACGCUGGCAGCCACUGGGUCAGGGGUAAAAUGGAUUGCCGGCUCAGCAGGGCUUACAUAUUACAUUUUUGGAGCUGGCAUAGACAGCUGGAAUCGCUUCCUGGUCAAGUGUCAGAAGUUUGAGGACAACGGUGGGGUCACAUGCGGCGUAGACUGUGUUGGGCACGGUGUGUUUUAUCUGUUUGGAGCAGCUAUGGCGUGUGGUGUCGGUGUGUUUAUGGUAGUGAUUCUUGCGGGCCGCAAGACAACGACUGCGAGCUCGACAUCGACAGCCACAACAGCGACGCCAGAGAAAGAGCCAGCAUCCGUGCCUAGGCCAUCGACAGUGCCAAUUGCAGCGAUAAAGACUGCGACUGCCGCAGAAGGAACCGCAGCAUUGCCCACGGCCCGAAGAAAUGGACCACUGUAUCCUCUUCACUUGUCAUGGGAAAUCUUUGCACUGGUAUUCCUGACAGCCGUAGCCGUUGUUGUCGGGCUGAGAUAUACGAAAACUCAAACCGUUGCGGUUGCAAUGGGCAGCAUUGGAUGCGCAACAAUAAUAGGAGCAGCAACCAUAAGACAGCUUUCAUCUCAAAGGGUUCCAACGUCCCAGAAAUCUACCAAACCCGCACAAAAAGACCAGGCGUAA